GCUGUCAGUCAACACCAGCUGUCAAGCGAGCUGCUUGUCUGCGACGAGUGCAGAACGAUUUUUUACUCCUCUCCGUCGUGCGAGUAGUUUUCCUAGGUGGCAGUGAAUUUCGUCGCGAAAAAGGAGAUUGAAGUGAAAAUUUCCUCUUCGAAAGUAGAUUUUCCGCGUGCUGGUGCGUUCGGUUCGCCUGGGAAGGUAUUUUUUUCUCGGUGGGUGUCCGGAUCAAGCUCGCAAAUCGGAUCAGGUUCCGUAGUCGCGUCAGCCCCAUUUCUGGGCUCCCGUCUUUUGACGAGAGAGCGAAGCCCACAACCACUGAAGUGUUGAAUAGGUAGACAACUGCUGCCUUUAAAACCUUGGGGCUCCUCUCUUGCUGCUGCAACUUCAUGUUGUAAUAAAAAGAGUAAUCGCGACAACGACGGCACUAGCAGCAGAAAAGUAGAAGAAACACGGAGGAGCCAGAAGACGUCGUGAUGUUCAACAAUUACGGCAACGUGAUGAUGACCGACCAGUUCCGGAAGGUGGAACAGUACUCACCCAAAUCGUCCCCGAGGGCGGGCGGGGCAGGGGGACGGUCCCCGGUUGUGGCCCGCCAGGACUCGUCCGGAACGCUCAAGACGACGAUCCAGCUCGGGAAGAAUCCCUCGAUCGUGCACAGUGGGCCUUUCUAUCUGAUGAAGGAACCACCAGGUGAGUGCGGAAACGAAGGCGAAGGCGAACUCACCGGUGCGACCAACUUGAUGGCCCACUAUGGCCUUGAACAUUCGUAUAGUAAAUUUAGCGGUAAGAAAGUAAAGGAGCAACUUUCAUCGUUCCUGCCGAACCUGCCGGGCGUCAUCGACGGACCAGGACAUCUCGACAACAGUUCACUCAGAAGCGUCAUCGAAAAACCACCAAUCGGCGGCAAAGAUCUACUUCCCCUCACAAGCGUACAAUUGGCCGGAUUCCGUCUGCACCCUGGACCCCUCCCGGAACAGUACAAGCACCUGAAGUCGGUCCCCACUAGGAAGCAUAAGAAUAAGCAUAAGAAACACAAAUACAAGGAGGGCGUUGCGCCCCUAUCGGAACAGUCGGCACUGGAAGCGUCCGGCCUCGAUACCCACGAAAAGAAGCACAAAAAGCAAAAACGCCACGAAGACGACAAGGAGCGGAAAAAGCGGAAAAAAGAGAAGAAGCGCAAAAAACAGCGCCACAGUCCGGAACAUCCUGGUAGCGGGGCUGCCUCGAUGCCACCGCAAACGCAAGUCUUCUAAGAAUAAAAAAAAAAAAAAAAACAAAAUUUUGUAUAAUCAAAAAACAGAAACCCUGGAUGUGGAUAGAACUGCAACAACACAACAAACAAACAACAACCACUAACGUCGCUUAGUGCUAGUUAAUAAGUAUGGUAAAGAUUAAAUUUUAAGUCUACCCUUUGUUUUCGGUCGAAUCGUGUGGAGUUCUGGGCUUUUUUCAUAAGUGCCAGACACCAGACUCCCCACGGGAGAAAAUGUGAAUAUCCCCUUCCUCUUCCUUUCGCUAGCGAAUGGCAUACAAUACUAACAGUAUAUUACAUUAUGCAAAACCAGAAAACGCAACCUUGUUCUUAAACAUCAAUAGGUACACACAAGAACACCCAUCCGGUAGUUGUAUGUAAUUCUCUCGAGAUACAGAAAGAAGCACCGACCUCGUUUUCUCUGUUUUUGUUAAUAGGUUUAAUCAAAUCCAACCGUUUUGCAUACAUAAGUGAUUCCUUACCACAACAUUAAUACUUAUUAUAAAUGAUUGAUUGAUGAUAAGUUGAAAAGUGUGCAAUCGAGCAUCGAUUGAAAACAUGAAAAAUGCCAAUUUUCGAUAGUAGGAGUGUGUCAAAAGAAUAUCUUCAAUUAGAACAAAAAAAAAACACUAUUUAAAUAUUAAGCAACAGAAGCCUUGUUUUUCUCAUUGCAGAAAAAGAAAACAAAAAUUCACAAAAAAAGAAACAUAAAAAGCCCAAUAUAGAGGUAUAACAUGUAAGGUGAAUUAUACGAUUAAGAUCUUAACGAUUUUCCUUGGUCAAAUCUUCCCGUUUUGGGACCGCCCCUUUCGGUGCGGUUCCGUUCUAAUUUCAUUGUCUCUGUUUUUGUACAGCAGUAAACGAUGGGUUCUUGGACGUUAGCAAAAGACGGGAUUGGACGAUCGAGUCGAAGAACUGCGCUUGCCUUUUAGCAGCCGGUGAGGCGAUUCUCACUUCGAAACGAGCCAGUCGCUCCCAAGAAGCAUGGUUUAUUAUUUUAGUAAACUGUAUUUAUAUGCCCUAUUAAAAUGAGUUAUUAUUUAAUUUUAUUUUGAUUUAGCAAUACAUUUGAAGCAAGUGAAAA